AUGCUAAAACUGCCUAAUGAAGCCAACAAGCUUCCUAUAACAAAGAGUAUCCUUGCCGGUGUACCACAGCACCUUCGAAACUUGGCCAAACUGAAGAAUCUAACGGUCGAGGCUGUGAUGAAGUUGACUCCUCCGCAAGAAGGCAACAGAUCGAGAUGGAUAAUUCAAUAUCUGCUUUCAAUUGAGCCUAUGGACCAAUCAAGAUUAUAA